GUGUCCAAUGCUGACAUGGACCUGCUGCUGCAUAACUGGUUUCUACCCAGACCCUGGAGCCGCAGAAAACACGACUUAAGUACAGCCCGUCAUUCAGCAGCUUGCAGAACCACCUUUAGCAGCAUCAUCUCAGCAGUUAGAGUGAGCCGGAGAGCCUGUGAGGAGGGCCCCCUGCUGGAGGAGCAGGAGACGGAGGGCCAGAGGCAGCUGCACAGCCUCCUGCUGCAGCAGCUCCACACCGGCGUCGACAUUGACCGAUGUGUAGCCAAAAGGCAGUGCUUCGCUCCGGCGGCGCUCUAUCGGCCGUUCGGGGAGCAGGCAGCGGGUGUGAGGAGUCUUACCCAGUUUCAGGCUCUGCAGGAUGGGGAGAAAGAGCUGGUCGGUCUGCGGGAACUGGGCCUCACUGAUGCUGAGAUCCAACUGUGGCAGAGCAGAGAUGCAGCAGACGCAGGAGAUAAGUCCAACGGUGUGUGUGCGGCUCCGGAUGCAAAGCAGCAGCGACUGCAAGUGAUCAAGGACAAGAUCGAAGCCAGAGCGGAGCUCCUGUCCCGACCACAGCGCUUCUCCGCCAGCCGGCCACUCUCACGCCGGGAGAUGGAGAUUGAACAAGCGCUGUUCCAGGGGAACGACCGUCUGGGCUUCCUCACAACUCUCUACCAUCAAGAUGGUGUCACAGAUGAGAGCCAGCGGGGGGCGUCAUACUCUGACCCAAUGGACGCUCUUUACAGAGAUGUUCUGAGGUGUCAGAAACAAUUUUCACCAGAGGACUCAGAGGGACAACAAACAAUGAGAUUCUCAUCUUCUUCAACAUCCGGCACUGCAUCUGAUCAGUCACAAAGCUCUCAGAGCAACAGCAACCAAUCAAAAGACUCAUCUCACUGUGGGUCAGAUCUGCACAGUGACGGCACCUCAGAGCAGCAGCAGAUCCCACAGGACAGAGCAGAGACAGACCGACCAUCUCCUCCUGUACGGAUAGAUCUGAACCAGCCAAUCAGCAGCCUAGGUGGAACAUCAGCAGCAAGGUCAGGAAAACCAUUGACUGUCAGUGGCGAGAUCGAGACGCUUACAGAUGAAGAAAUCUUGAACAACCGUGAAUCUGAUGAGGGGAUCCGGAGCAUCGCAAGGUUCCAAAGCUACCAGCCAGGAAAACUUUCCAAGGUUCUAUGUGUGAAGAACCUAAGUGCACAGGCAUCCAUCGCACAGCUGGUGGCGCUGUUCUCCAGAUUUGAGCAGAAGGAUGGGCCUCCAGUUGUUUACCGGCUGCUGACGGGAAGGAUGAAGGGUCAGGCCUUCAUCACGCUGCCAGACACUGAAACUGCCCAAAAUGCCCUGCAGUUGGUCCAUGGAUACCGGUUGCUCGGGAAACCUUUGGUGGUUGAGUUUGGCCGCAAGCGACAGGAAGAGGAGAAACAAAUGGAGCAGGAAGGAGAGAAGAAGGAAAUUAAAAGACAAAAAAAUCCAUCAGACUUGUAAAUAACAGCCUGUAAAACUGCACAUGAUAUGUAUGCCUCCCUGGAUAUAAAAGUGCCGUAUUUUACCAUA